AUGUCCGAUACCAGCCUGAAGCUGUCAGCCAACGCCUCACGCCUCUUGGAGCUGGAGCGCAAGUAUUGCGCUGGAGGGUUCGAACCUUCGCCACUAUUCCUGGAAAGAGUACAGGGAUGCAAACUAUGGGAUUGCGAUGGCAAAGAAUACAUCGAUUUCAUCGGCAUGUUUAGUGCAACGAACAUGGGCCAUGGCCAUCCCUACAUGAAGAAGAAGAUGUUGGAGCAGCUAGAAAAGGCGCACUUGCUGAACAUCUGUGCCCACAACGCGGGCUGGGGCCCUUUUGGCGAAAUGAUGUGCAAGCGAUUUGGCUACGACAAGAUCACCACCGCAACUUCAGGAACCGAAUCGGCAGACGUCGCCUGUAAGAUUGCUCGCAAGCACGGCCUCGUCCGUCGAAAGAUCCCUGCCGACAAACUCAAGAUUCUAGGUGUAGGAUCUUCCUAUCACGGCCUAGGCAUGGGCAUCUGGGGAUUGAUGGAUCGCUCUGCGCAACGGUCCAGUUACGGCCUAGACGGGACAAGCGUUCUUAACUUUAACCCUACGACCAACAGGGCAUUGGAGUAUCUUGACCUGGAGGCCAUGCGUGCUUGUCUCGAAGAGCAUCACCAAACGGUGGCAGCUGUCAUUAUGGAAUGUCUGCACGGAACCUCACGCUCGAAUGAGGUCCGGCAAGGAGCAGGAAAGACUGGGAAACUACUGUCAUUCCAUCACUGCGGCGAUGACAUGAAGCCCGACAUCGUCACCAUGGGCAAGUCCAUCACAGGCGGAUGGUACCCACAAACCUUCAUCCUCGGCACAAAGGAUGCCAUGUCCCUCGUCGGCUCAAACGAGUGUGGUUACACCUUUAGCCACACGCCCCCAGCACUUGUAGCGGCGACUUCCGCUCUUGAAGUCAUAGAUAACGAGAACCUCUUGGAGCGCGCGACACAAAUCGGGGCAAAGUGGCGAGCUAUAGUCAGCAGCUGGAAUCACCCCAAGAUCGACUACAUCUCCAGCAUUGGCGCAGACUCCAACAUGUUCUUUCACGAUCUCCAUGGGCAGCGUGUGGCGGUGCUCUGCAUGUUCAAGGGCCUCUUUGUAAAUGCUACGCCGGGGAAGAAGGCCAUUCGUCUUAGUUUUGCCAUGACAAUGACGGACGAGGAACUCGAGAAGGGCGCUGCGAUACUGAAAGAAGCGUUGGACACAAUCGACACCUUUGGCUAUAUCCCUGGUGAGGUCUUUAGCCAAGACUAG